AUGAAAAAUAGAGCUUUAAAGCCCAAUUAUAGUUAUUUUAGCGAAACAUAUAGCAGUGUAACAUGCUUCGUGCAGUACCCCACAGUGUUCUGCAUGCUGUUAGCAGUCCUAUUUGUCGGUAGCGUAAAUGGAGCAAAUCAGCUGCAUAUUGGCGGAAUCUUUCCAAUAGGAGGAAAGGGUGGUUGGCAGGGAGGACAGGCAUGCAUGCCAGCUGCCAAGCUGGCCCUACAGGAUGUGAAUGAAAACCCAGACCUUUUGCCAGGGUUCAACUUAACGCUUCACAGUAAUGAUAGCGAGUGUGAACCAGGUCUUGGAGCAAGCGUAAUGUACAACUUGCUAUACAAUUCACCACAAAAGCUGAUGCUGUUAGCGGGAUGCAGUACAGUUUGUACGACGGUAGCAGAGGCAGCUAAAAUGUGGAAUUUAGUUGUGUUAUGCUACGGAGCUUCCAGUCCGGCUCUAUCCGAUCGCAGUCGAUUUCCUACGCUGUUUAGAACUCAUCCAUCGGCUACAGUCCAUAACCCUACUAGAAUUAAACUGAUGCAAAAGUUUGGCUGGUCAAGGGUGGCAAUCCUGCAACAAGCAGAGGAAGUCUUCAUAUCGACUGUAGAGGAUUUAGAAACCAGAUGCAAAGAUGCCGGCAUCGAAAUAGUGACAAGACAAUCAUUUCUAUCCGAUCCAACGGAUGCAGUACGAAAUUUACGACGGCAGGAUGCACGUAUCAUAGUGGGAUUGUUCUAUGUGGUGGCAGCACGGCGAGUCCUUUGCGAGAUGUAUAAACAGCAACUAUAUGGAAGGGCUUAUGUGUGGUUCUUUAUUGGUUGGUACGAGGACAAUUGGUACGAGGUAAACCUGAAGAACGAAAACAUUUCAUGCACCAAAGAACAGAUGAGGAUGGCUGCCGAAGGACAUUUAACAACGGAAGCGCUAAUGUGGAAUCAGAACAAUCAAAAAACGAUAUCAGGAAUGUCAUCAGAGGAUUUUCGAAAACGUUUGAAUGCUGCACUAAUUGAGGAGGGCUACGAUAUCAGCCACAAUCGCUAUCCGGAAGGUUACCAGGAGGCUCCACUCGCAUACGAUGCGGUGUGGAGUGUGGCAUUAGCAUUUAACAAAACGAUGCAAAGGCUGACGGAGCAAAACUCGGGUAAAAAUCUGAAAGACUUCACGUACACUGAUAAGGAAAUAGCAAACGCCAUUUACGCCGCCAUGAACUCGACCCAAUUUCUAGGCGUAUCGGGUGUUGUUGCGUUCAGUUCGCAGGGUGAUCGUAUUGCGUUGACUCAGAUUGAGCAAAUGAUUGAUGGACAGUACUACAAGCUAGGAUACUACGACACACAAGCCGACAAUCUUACCUGGUUUAACAAGGAGAAAUGGGACGGAGAAAAGGUCCCCCAAGAUCGUACGAUUGUAAGACGGGUUUUGAGAACAGUUUCUUUACCACUCUUUAUCUGCAUGAGCACAAUAUCAAGUUUUGGCAUACUGGUAGCAAUAACACUCAUCAUAUUCAACAUUUGGCACAGACAUCGAAGAGUUAUUCAAUCGUCACAUCCCGUGUGCAAUACCAUCAUGCUUUUUGGAGUGAUCAUCUGUCUCGUAUCCGUCAUCUUGUUGGGUAUUGACGGACAAUUUAUAACUGCGGAUAACUAUCCAAAAGUUUGCCAGGCUAGAGCAUGGAUCCUGUCGACAGGGUUUACCUUAGCGUACGGAGCCAUGUUUAGCAAAGUAUGGCGUGUGCAUCGCUUUACAACGAAAACUAAAACGGAUCCAAAGAAAAAAGUGGAACCAUGGAAAUUGUACACAAUGGUGUCUGGACUAUUGAUGGUGGACUUGGUUAUACUACUGACAUGGCAAAUGCAAGAUCCUCUACAACGAAGGCUAGAAACAUUCCCCCUGGAGGAUCCGAUUUCUUCGAAUGAUGAUGUUAAAAUACGACCUGAGUUGGAGCACUGUGAAAGCCACAACAAUUCCGUUUGGUUAGGUGUGAUUUACGGCUUUAAGGGAUUGAUACUAGUGUUUGGACUCUUCUUGGCAUAUGAGACACGUUCCAUCAAGGUGAAGCAAAUAAACGACUCUCGUUACGUAGGAAUGAGUAUUUACAACGUGGUAGUGCUAUGUUUAAUCACUGCACCGGUUGCUAUGGUGAUAGCGUCACAGCAAGAUGCGUCCUUCGCCUUUGUUGCGUUGGCUGUCAUAUUUUGCUGUUUCCUCAGUAUGCUACUAAUAUUCGUGCCGAAGGUAAUCGAAGUUCUACGCCAUCCUAAGGACAAGGUCGAGUCUAAAUUCAGCACUGAUACAGGAAUUUCUAAGGAAGACGAAGAACGCUACCAAAAAUUGAUAUCCGAAAAUGAUGAUCUCCAAAAAUUAAUCGCUCAAAAAGAAGAUAAAAUCCGAUUACUGAAACAGCGACUCACGGAACGGGAAUCGAAGAAUCCUGCUCAACCUUUUAAUGAAUCUCUAAAUGGUAACACCGUCGGUGCAGUACAAUUUAAUCGAUCAUCUUCAACCGCUCUAGCUCAAAAGUAA